UACGAUCCCAAAUAUAUCAAAAUGACGAUCGAAGGAAAAAGUCUCACAUUGGAAGAUGGAGUUUUUGGAAUGGCACUUAGUCCUGUGACGAACAAUCUUUAUUACAGUCCUCUCUCUUCUCAUGGUUUGUAUUAUAUUAACACGGAAUCAUUCAUGAAAUCACAAUAUGGAAAAAAUAACGUGCAAUAUAGUGGAGUUGAAGACAUAUACCCAAUUAUCCGCUAAAGUGUCGAAGAAUGGCGUCCUCUUCUUUGGUUUUGUAGAUAAUUCAACUGUUGGC